AUGGUGGCACCAAGGCAAUGGUUGGAUAGCCGGUCAACAAAUUGUCUUCGAAAAUAUAGGAUUUUCUUCGUUUUUGGCAUAAGUAUAUUAUGCAUUCAAGUCUAUUUAGCAUAUACUUUUUUAACUCUCGAAAACGAAGACCAAAGAUCUUCGCGACGACGUGACGUGAGGGACUUUUCUCUCUCAGAGGAAGGAGACGGUCUUCCAAGAGGAACCAGGCAGUUAAAACUACCUCCUGACAAACAAGCAAAUUCCAACAAGUCACAGCCUCGUCGAAAUCGUACAACUGCAAUAACUUUAGAUAGAAAAUCAUUGAAUUUUACGCCUAUCUGUGAUGUUUCUGGGAGAGAGGCAGUGAGUGCCAUAACACGAGCACAAUCUCAAUUGUGCAAACAGCGCAUAGCCAAUGUGACGUGCCUUAGUCAAAAAGGUGUAUUAUAUCCUACAACUUUACAAUCUUCCUGUCCGCAUUCUCUAGGUUUUACUGGAGUUCCAAAGAACGUUGGCUGCUUCAAAGACGACAAAACUUUCAGGGUUCUGACGGGUUAUUAUGCCAUUUAUAAAGGCAACAAUUCUCCGCAAAGAUGUGCUUACAUGUGUUUGCAAUCGGGUUACCCAUUUGCCGGUACCGAAUACUCAGUCGAAUGUUUUUGUGGGAUGGAGGAGCCACCGCAAAUUAAUCAACUGCCAGACUCCAGUUGUAACAUGAAAUGUCCUGGAGAUUCUAAACAGUCUUGCGGUGGAUAUUUAACUAUUAACGUGUUCCAUACUGGAAUUAGAAGAUUUAAAGCUCAAGAGGCAAGGAACUCUAGUUUAAGUGGAGCGAAAGAAGAUCCUGCAAGGAUAGCGUAUUUAAUAACUGUAAAUGGUAGAGCUAGUCGUCAAGUCAAACGCCUGAUCCGCGUUCUGUAUCAUCAUACACAUCUUUUCUACAUUCAUGUUGAUGCGAGACAAGACUAUUUAUAUCGCGAGAUGCUCGAGGUGGAAAGAAAAUGUAAAACGAACAAUAUCAAAGUGGCGAGAGGCGAAGGACUUCGUCACGCGAGUAUCUGGGGUGGCGCGAGUCUUUUGACAACUUUAUUAAGUUCCGCGCGACAGAUGCUCACUCAUCCUAAGCCCUGGGACUUUUUAGUUAAUUUGUCCGAAUCGGACUAUCCUGUUAAAAAUAAUACGGUCCUCACUGAAUUUCUUACGAGGAAUAAAGGUCUGAAUUUUGUCAAGUCUCAUGGAAGGGAAGUUCAACGCUUUAUCACCAAGCAAGGCUUGGAUAAGACUUUCGUGGAAUGCGAAGCACGCAUGUGGCGAACUGGUGAUAGAAAAUUACCCAAUGGUAUUCAAAUUGAUGGCGGCAGCGAUUGGGUCGCCCUGAGUAGAGACUUCGUAGAAUACGUUGCCGAUCCGAAUCCAGAUUCAUUAGUAGCUGGUCUCCUAAAAUUCUUUCAGUACACUUUAUUGCCUGCAGAAUCCUUUUUCCACACAACCUUGCGGAACUCUCGCUUCUGCCAAACUUACGUCGACAAUAAUCUACACGUAACAAAUUGGAAAAGAAAACUUGGUUGCAAAUGCCAGUACAAAGCCGUCGUCGAUUGGUGUGGAUGCAGUCCCAAUGAUUUCAAACUAGAAGACUUUACUCGCCUCAGAGGUACUUCUCAGAGAAAUAUAUUUUUCGCAAGGAAAUUCGAGCCAGUAAUCGACCAAAGAAUAAUAGACAGAGUCGAGCAGUGGCUGUAUCCUGAUUUGGCGAAUGCAUCGAUUAAUUCCAAGGGAUACGACAUGUACUGGCAGAGUCUUUUUCAACACGCAGACUUGAGUCCUCUCGCUGAUGACACUCUUCUGACAAUUUCGAAUUCACUCUCUCGAAUCGCCUAUCGAAGAUUCAACGUCGAGGAUGUUGUUCAUCUUCUGGAAGCCACUGCUUAUUUCCAUGAAAAUAGAUUUGUGGGCAUUUUGAUACGUGCAGAGACCAAUGUUAGAAGUUUGGAGUCCUCGACUCUUCAAGCUGAAUUUCCAGAACAAAUAGAGUCGCUUGUUUUCAUGAAGAAGAAUUUUUCGACGAGUCUUUCUUGGUUGGGGAAAGUACGUGAUUUGAGUGUGAACAUAGAUUAUGAUCAGAAAGAACAAACUUUUAGGAAUUUAAUUGGAGGCAUUGGUCCUUUUUCAAGUCCUGUCUUAGCUUUUGAAUUUGAGGCGGAACUAGUCACGCCACAGAAUAUUACAGUUUUGUGGGUCGAUCCGCGUGGGAGUUUAGCGGACGUGAAUUACGUGCAGCUCGAAGAAACAACACCUAUCGGGCAUGUCAGGCCACAAUUAAAUGAGCCAUUACACAUCGGUGCCUGGCAGGUAAUUUUGGUAUCCGAUGGGAUAUUGGUGGCGCAGCUAAGAUUUUUGGUGACGCCUUUGGCGUAUUGGAGAAAUCAAAAAAUCUCUCCCGAGAAAGCGAGGGAGAUUCACAACGGCCCUUCUGGUCCUUAUCACAUUGCUAAGGAUCUUGUACAGAAGUGGACGAAUUUCCUGAAACCUUUAGUGCAUUCCGAAGAAAAGUUGCGAAAAAAAAGUCUCGAGGAGAGAAUCGGUUGGGAGUUAGACCAGUGGAUAGACAUUUUAGUAACUGGGUAUUACGAAAUCAAUAAAAUAUGUUACGCUAGUGGCCGGUUCAAAUUUAAGCCGGUGCUACAGAAAUGUUCCGCCACUCGGUGGAGCUCUCUGAGCCCUGAUACAAAGUCUGAUGUUCAUACUAUAUGUCAAAAUUAGUAAUCAAUUUAACAAAUAUGCAUGCGCUAUACAUUUCAUAACAUUUCACAUCUUUAUGGAGAUUGUCAUUUUAGUAGAUAUUUUUAUAUUAAUCGUAUCCUCGUAAGCGUUGUCAAAUCAGUAUUUAUACAAAUAUACCUGAAUUCUUUUA